AUGGCCGUAGUGGUUUCAGAGGUGCAGGCAGCCCUGGGCUACUGGGCUGAAAGUGGAAACCUGGAGUCCUGUGCAUCUCGCUGUAAUGAGAGAUUUAACCGGGAUGCUGUCUGCCAGUGUGAUCGCCGGUGCCCCCAGCAUGAUGACUGCUGUGACGACUAUGAACAUCUGUGCACUGGAGGACAAAAUGACGAUUUGGUAGAUAUGAGAUUGUUCACUAUUGGUCACACAGAUGAAGAAGGCCCCCCAGAGCCAAAGGCACGCCUGGAUCCCGAGGAUGAGAUCCCAGCCAGCUACCUGUACUCCUCACCAAGCUCCUGCCAGGGCCGCUGCCGGGAAACCUACGACAAACACCACCCUUGCCACUGCAAUGACCGCUGCCUAGAGUUUGGGAACUGCUGUGAGGAUUUUGGCAACCUGUGUGGGGACCAUGAGGGUUUCUCCCACAGCAGCGAUGCCAUCACCAAGGAGGAGCUUAAGAGUAUCUCCGAGACCAUCUACAGGGUAGACAUCAAUAAAGCCCAGAAGGAAGACAUUGUCCUCAACAGUCAAAACCAGAUCUCCCCGGCAGAGACAGGAAACCAAGUGGAUCGAUGCCCAGAGCCGCUCUUCAAGUACGUGAACGAGAAGCUCUUCUCCAAGCCUACCUACGCGGCCUUUAUCAACCUACUCAACAACUACCAGCGGGCCACAGGUCACGGGGAACACUUCAGUGCCCAACAGCUGGAAGAGCAGGUUGUUUUCCUCAGGGAGGUCAUGAAGACAGCUGUCAUGAAAGAGCUUUACAGCUUUCUCCGUCACCAAAACCGUUACGGCUCCCAACAGGAGUUCGUGGAAGAUUUGAAGAACAUGUGGUUUGGGCUCUACUCAAGAGGCAAUGAAGAAGGAGAUUCGAGUGGCUUUGAACAUGUCUUCUCUGGCGAGGUGAAGAAGGGCAAGGUCACUGGCUUCCAUAACUGGAUCCGCUUCUACCUGCAAGAGAAGGAGGGUUUGCUUGACUAUUACAGUCACAACUACGACGGGCCUUGGGAUUCCUACCCGGAUGUCCUGGCCAUGCAGUUCAACUGGGAUGGCUACUACAAGGAAGUGGGCUCAGUCUUCAUUGGCAGCAGCCCUGAGUUCGAGUUUGCCCUUUACUCUCUGUGCUUCAUCACCAGGCCAGGCAAAAAGUGCCAUUUGAGCCUGGGGGGCUAUCCUUUGGCUAUCCAGACCUACACCUGGGACAAGACCACCUACGGGAAUGGCAAGAAGUACAUUGCCACGGCCUAUGUGGUGUCUUCUACCCAGUAGAGC